UGGUGUGCGUACGCAGCCCUAGUGUAUGAGGGAAAAUGUAUCGUCUCGGCCAACAGUUUAUCUCCAAGAUCGCUUUUAAUUCCUUUUUAUCUACAGUGCCGCGGGAGUAUUUUCAUUUUACGAGACGCUGCAAUAAAAAUUGGUCGUGUAUUGGCUGAUUUUUGGUGAUAUUUUUUUUACUUAACUGCACGAAAAUGCCAAGGACCAAGAAAAAGAACAGCCGGGGGGGACAACAUGGAAAUGUCCAGCCUUUCAGCGACGAGGAUGCUUCUAUUGAAACGCUCAGCCGUUGCAGCAGCUUCAGUGACGUCACCAGUGUAGUCGACGAAGGUGGCGAGGCCAGUGAGGACGCCGCACAGGAGGAUUUUCAGUUCAAGCUGAAAGGGUUCAUUGACAGCACAGUGGACAAGAGUGCUAAAACCCGACAGGGGGCUCUGGACGGGCUGAAGACGGCGAUGGCCACACGGAUCUUGCACGAGUUCAUCUCUGACAGAAGGAUGACCAUCACAGACAGCAUCGAGCGCUGUCUGAAGAAGGGCAAGGGAGAGGAGCAGCGAGCGGCAGCGUCGUUGGCCUGCCUCCUGUGUAUCCAGCUGGGCUCGGGCAUCGAAAGCGAGGAGGUUCUGAAAACUCUGAAACCCAUCUUCAAAACCAUCUUGGCAGAUGGAUCCGCCAACAUACAAGCCAGACAGGCUGUGGCCACAGGUUUGGGCCUUUGUACUUUGGUUGCGGAAGAUGACAUUUUGGAUGUGCACGCCACCAUGGAGUGCUUCGAGAACUUGUUCAUGCGGUCCUGCGCGAGGCAGGACGGUACCUGUCCUUCGAUCAGUCCCCAGAUGAGUCAGCUGCACAUCAACGCUCUGCUCUCCUGGGCUCUGCUGCUGACCAUCUGCUCCGGCAGUCAAAUCAAAGAAAUACUACAAAAAUUUUUGCCCAAACUCCCAAGGUUGCUGGAGAGUGACGAUGUCAAUAUGAGGAUUGCUGCAGGAGAAACAAUCUCUUUGCUUUUUGAGCUGGCCAGAGACAUGGACCCGGAGUUUGAUUUUGACCAAUUGGACGAACUCUGCGACAAACUGAACGCACUGGCCACAGACUGUAACAAGCACAGAGCCAAGACGGACAAGAAAAAGCAACGAUCUGUGUUCAGGGACGUUCUCAAGGCUGUUGAGGAGGGCGACUUCCAGUCCGAGACCAUUCGAUUUGGGACCGAGCGUAUGACCAUUGACAGCUGGGUCAGAAAGAGGAUGUAUGAUGCCUUCAGGGAGUUUGUGGGCUCUGGAAUGAACUAUCACCUGCAGGCCAAUGAAUUCAUCCGAGACGUGUUUGAACUGGGACCACCUGUUUUGGUUGAUUCGGCAACGAUGAAGGCUAUGAAAAUAUCUCGUUUUGAGAGAGUAUGUUGUACUGCAGUAGUCACUAGUGUUUUGUUUUCUAUUAAUUUUAAUUGCUUAUUUUUUGACCUUCAUUGA